AGCGCCGCCUCUCCUCGGGCCCCUUCUCUCCUCCUUUCCCCUCCCCGCGGGUUCCUGGCCUAGCCAGAUACUGCGCAGCAAUCACGGUUCUCCAUCACCAGUUUGCCUGGCGUCUCCGAGGCCGCGAGCUCCUGGAGGCUCCCCGUGGCCCAGAGUUAUAGUCGGGACACCUCGGUCGCGGGUGAUUGUCGGGUCUCCACGGGCCCGGGUCGCUGGGGCGGAUCAGGCUCCAGUGCCUUCUCGGGGCUCCCCGCAAGGCCGUAGGCGAGAUGAACAUUCUGGCGCCGGUGCGGAGGGACCGCGUCCUGGCGGAGCUGCCCCAGUGCCUGAGGAAGGAGGCCGCUUUGCACGUGCACAGAGACUUCAACCCCCGCGUCACCUGCGCCUGCCAGGAGCACCGGACAGGCACCGUGGGAUUUAAGAUCUCCAAAGUCAUUGUGGUGGGGGACCUGUCCGUAGGGAAGACUUGUCUCAUUAAUAGGUUCUGCAAAGAUACUUUUGAUAAGAAUUACAAGGCCACCAUUGGAGUGGACUUUGAGAUGGAACGAUUUGAGGUGUUGGGCGUCCCCUUCAGUCUGCAGCUCUGGGAUACUGCUGGACAGGAGAGGUUCAAAUGCAUUGCAUCAACCUAUUACCGAGGGGCUCAAGCCAUCAUCAUCGUCUUCAACCUGAAUGAUGUGGCCUCCCUGGAACAUACCAAGCAGUGGCUAGCUGAUGCACUCAAGGAGAACGACCCUUCCAGUGUGCUUCUCUUCCUCGUGGGUUCCAAGAAGGACUUGAGUACUCCUGCUCAGUAUAUGCUAAUGGAGAAAGACGCACUCAAGGUGGCCCAAGAGAUGAAGGCUGAGUACUGGGCGGUCUCCUCUCUCACUGGUGAAAAUGUCCGGGAAUUCUUCUUCCGUGUGGCGGCACUGACCUUUGAGGCCAACGUGCUGGCUGAGCUGGAGAAAUCGGGGGCCCGGCGCAUUGGGGACGUUGUCCGCAUCAACAGUGAUGACAGCAACCUUUACCUAACUGCCAACAAGAAGAAGCCCACGUGCUGCCCGUGAGCGGUAAGGGGACGGUCGAGAGACUGGCCAGCCCUGGGGCACUGUGCCACCUUGAUUGCCCUAGAGCUCGACCCUGGACAUUUGCACUGAUUGUUUUUCCAGACCAAAGAGCUGCCCCUUCGUGGCAGUACCCCUGGAGGGGUAGCAGGGACCAUGCUAGUCACUUCCUGCCCCAGACACCAUGCCAAAGACUAGAUGUCCUCCCUCCCCAGGGGCUCUCCGGGCUGCCCAGCAGUGGGGAGGUAGUCCCUGCUGCUUUUGCUUAGCCUGCUGGACCCCUUGAGUAUGAGGAUGCUUAAUGAUCCAAGCCUUACACUGUGCCUUAUGCAUUAAAAUCUCUGUUAUUAGCA